AAAAAAUUCAGGCCCAAACUGCAGCAGACCUGGCCUGGGAGCGGCAUGACCGACCGGCAGAUGGAGAGCGGCGGCGGCAAGCACUUCAUCCUGGUGCACGGCCUGGCCCACGGCGCGUGGUGCUGGUACAAGGUGGUGGCGCGGCUGCGCGCCGCGGGUCACCGGGCGACGGCGCUCGACAUGGCCGCGUCUGGGGUGCACCCGGCGCGCCUCCACGAGGUGGCGUCGUUCGAGGACUACUCGCGGCCGCUGCUGGACGCGGUGGCCGCGGCCCCCGACGGCGACAGGCUCGUCCUGGUGGGCCACAGCCUCGGCGGGCUCAGCGUCGCCCUCGCCAUGGAGAGGUUCCCGGGCAAGGUCGCCGCCGCCGUGUUCCUGGCCGCCUCCAUGCCCCGCGUUGGCAGCCACAUGGGCGUCACCAUCGAAGAGUUCAAGAGGGCGAUCAAACCAGAUUUUUUCAUGGACAGCACAACGACGGUUCUGAACACAGAGCAGGGGCCUCAAACUGCACUUCUACUUGGUCCCAACUUAUUGGCAUCCAAAUUGUAUGAUCAAUGCCCUGCCGAGGAUCUUGAACUAGGGAAGCUGUUGAUAAGACCCGGCUUCCAGUUCAUGGACGACCCAACGAUGAAGGACGAGACGCUGCUCACGCAUGCCAACUUCGGGUCGGUGAAGAGGGUGUUUGUGAUUGCCAAAGCUGACACAAGCAACACCGAGGAGAUGCAGCGGCAGACGGUGGACCUCAGCCCUGGUACGGACGUCGAGGAGAUCGCCGGAGCUGAUCACAUGGCCAUGCUCUCCAAACCGACGGAGGUCUGUGAAGUUCUGGUCAGGAUUGCCGACAGGUGCCACUGAGUGGAAAUAUUAUUCGCUGAUUGAUCGUGAGAGAAAAACACUUUUGGUUGGUAGUAAGACAAACACUUACAGUUUCAAGUGUUAGUGACGAUUUCAUCAAAAAAGUGUUAGAGGUGCUAAUUGAAUUUAUCUGUAAUCCGAGUGAUUGCCCGCCCGUCGACAAUUAUACUGUGAUUUGUUUUCUUAUCCCGUCGCUGAUGGAUGUGCCAUGUGGAGUUGUUUUGGCCGAUGUGAGCGACGGGACAUGCACGUUUUCUUUAAUCCCAACAUUUUCUUUGUCGCGUUUGACUGUUC